AUGGACGAUCAGAUAGAAACGACAGACGUGCUGAUCUGCGGAUGUGGACCUACAGGGGCUAUGCUGUCUGCGUACCUAGGGCAGAUGAACAUUCCCAAUAUUGUCCUCGAGAAAGAGCCCGGCAUCACGACCGAUCCGCGUGGUAUUGCUCUCGAUGAUGACGGAAUUCGACUAGUUCAGGGCCUCGGGCUAUACGACCACGUGUUUACAGAGAUCGGUUCCAGCUUGUCCAAAGUUCACUUUGUCAGUGGAACGCAUCACAGGCUAGAUGAAAAGCCGCUUCUUGUGUUUGAUACAGGCUCGAGCGAAGGAGUAACUGGACAUGUCGGGCUUCUUGCGCAUAAACAGCCUGUCCUUGAAAAGUGGUUAAGGAAAGCAGUCGAAAAAGCAGAAACGAGCGAAUUGAGAAGUAACUGCACAGUGACUUCCAUAUCAGAAGAUGCGGACUGGGUUUACGUAACUUAUGACGAUUCUGGGACACAGAAGACUAUUCGUGCGCAGUUCCUAGCGGCAGCGGAUGGGAAAACAGGUUUCACUCGCAAGAAUUAUUUGGAACCCAAAGGCAUCAGACUGGAAUGGGCCGAACAAACCAAAUACCAGGAGACGUGGGUUGCGCUUAAUUGGAAGCUACAUCUCCCUACGAAGGAAACACAUCCUUCAUUCCCGCUAUGGGAACUGGGAUAUACACCCCAGCAAGUCUACGACCUUUUUUUUCCAGAGAAUUUUCGUUUUCUUUGCAAUCCCUCCAGGCCAGCUGUGUGUGGCCGAUUCGGUCUACCAGAAGACCGACUUUGGCGGUUUGAAUUUGUCGUUGCCCACGAUGAAGACGGCAUGGAGAUGGCAGGGGAGGAGAGAAUCCGCCAAGUGGUGUACCCAUACUUGACACACCCAGCUAGCCGCUAUGGGCUUCAGCAAGAUGUCUCAUUUCCCGAAGAUUGCAUCGAAGUCCUCCGAUCGCGACCUUUUAGCUUUUCCGCAAGAAGCUGCAACAAAUGGGCACUCGGCCGCGUGAUUCUUUGCGGUGAUGCCGCCCACGUCUUCCCGCCAUUCGGAGGACAAGGGAUUGUAUCAGGAUUUCGAGACGCCAUUUCGCUUGCCUGGCGCCUUGCUAUCGCAUGCUUGCCCACAUCCAAGGUAGAUCAUAGCCGUCUGCUCGAAGGCUGGUACCUCGAAAGAAAGCAGCAACUAGACAAAUCUCUCGCAACUACAGUCCGAAAUGGUGACAUGGUCAAUGGGAAAGGCCUAUUCCAGAUUUUCAUCCGCGAUUGGGGUUUAUGGUUGUUUCAAUUAGUCCCUUCCUGGAAGCACUGGCUCGAACGCGGUCCCCGGAAAGAUGGGCCCACUCGAUACACCUAUUCGUCCGGUAUGCCUUUCAUGCCGGAGCUUGGUGGAGGGGAUUAUUUCCCUCAAACGUAUUGCAUCAGACUACUGCGGGACUCAACCGUGCUGUUUACCGAUGAUGCGAUUUUUGCUGGUAAAAAAGGAAUUUUUCAGAUUGUCGUUCUGCUCGACGAUCCUCUUGAGCUCAAUGCUGCAAUCCGCGACCUGGAGGUAAUAAAGCAAUGCAAAGGCUUGUUACAAGACGAAGCCACAUUUUUCGUGCCUCGUGCCCAGUGCACCGGGGUUGUGGCUCGGGGACUUGAAGACCAAUGCCAGCAUCUGUUGUUCCGAACUGCGAGUGGUGAUGAAUUCGGCCGAUCGCCUCUGUGUAUCUCUCGGCCGAUCCCACGCGGAUACGAUGAAUCACUUUUGUUCAACAGCGGCAAACGCUAUGUGAUAUUGAGGUUUGAUCGGUUUGUUUACGCUUAUUGUGACACCAAAACCGAGUUGGAGAAGGCCGCCGCGCAGAUAUCCGAGAUGUUCUGA